AUGGCUGAGACAGAGCCCGGCGAGCGGCAGGCGGCGGGCACCGAGCGGGGCUGCGGGCCGGGCACCGAGCGAGGCACCGAGCGGAGCACCGGGCACAUCACCGGCCCGGGCACCGAGCAAGGCACCGAGCACAUCACCGGCCCGGGCACCGAGCGAGGCACCGAGCACAUCACCGAGCACAUCACCGAGCACAUCACCGGGCCGGGCACCGAGCGGGGCUGCGGGCCGGGCACCGAGCGAGGCACCGAGCGGAGCACCGGGCACAUCACCGAGCGGAGCACCGGGCCGGGCAGGGCGGAGUGGCCGCAGAGGCCGCCCUACUCGUACGCGGCGCUGAUCACCAUGGCCAUCCGGGCCAGCCCCGAGCAGCGGCUGCCCCUGAGCGGCAUCUACGCCUACAUCGCGGAGCGCUUCCCCUUCUACCGCGGCCCCCGCCGCCACUGGCAGAACAGCGUCCGCCACAACCUCAGCCUCAACCCCUGCUUCCGACGGCUGCCCCGCCGCCACGGCCGCGCCGGUGAUUGGGAGCUGGAUCCCGCUUUCCAGGACAUGUUCCCGGAGGGGAAUUACCUCCGCCGCCGCCGCCGCUGCCGCCUCCCGUCCGCAUCGCCCGCGCCGCCCUCGGGGAUCCCCCCGGGCCCCGCCGCGCUCCGGGCCCCGCCGCCCUCGGGGAUGGCCUCGCUCCCCGCCGCUCCGUGGCCCCCGCCGCCCUCGGGCUGCCCGCAGGGGCCCUGGUCAGCGCUGGUGCUGCCCCCCCGGUACCCGGAGCUGCCCGCCCCGGGCCCGCCGGUGCCCCCGGGGCCGCCGCCCGCGUGGGCGCUGCGCCCCGCCGGGCUGGGCGCGGCGCGGACCGGCGAGCGGGGCUCGGGGCUGACCCCCGCCCUCGGAUGAGGGCCCGGCCCCGGGCAGGGCUCAGGGAGCUCUCGGUAUCCCGAGAGAGCCGCCGAGCACCGCCCCGAGGCGCGGCGCUUGUCCCGCUCCUGCCUGCCCGAGGGGAGCGGCCGCGCUCCUCCACCGCUCUGUCGGGUUGCGUUCGGGGGGGGGAAUUGUGGUUUUGUUGUUGGAGCCUCCGGGCAGCCUGAGGGAGCUGCAGCACCGAGGGAGCGAAUCGGUCCCGCGGCCCGUCCCUGCCUGAAGGCACACGGGGGGUGCUGCACAGCCCAGUCCUGGCCUCGUGCAGGGAACUUAUUUCUUCAAGUGGCCUUCAUUUAUUUUGGAGCUUUUCUUUCAAGGUUUAUGGAAAAACAAUGCUGGUCUGUCUUUGGUGGAAAAUACCUCAGAUCAACAACCCCAAAGACACUUGGCUUAAUACUGGAAAUCUUGUGGGUUUGUACUUAAAGUGUGAACAUAUAUAGGAUUUUUCAUUUAUUUUACAUUGUUGCUGGUUAUGUAUGUUUACAUACGUUCAUUGUUAACAUGUUUCUUAUAAACGAUGCUGUAAUUACUGUGUAAGGAUCUCUUCCCUUUUGAUUUCAGGGGGGAGCAGUUUUUAUGCUUUUCUCUCAAAAUAAGGGUUUGGAGACAAAAUAUGCUUCCAAUAAGAGCCAUGUUUUAGGUUUAUGAGAGAGAAGAGUUCAAAUACUGUUAUGUGAGGAGCAGCACUUUUUGUAUGUUAUAUUAAUAAAGAGUAU